AGAACUUCUCGUCUGCAAAUUUUGACCAGCAGCUGGCUCGUAACUUCCUCCCCUUUACUCCAUUAUUAUUAUAUCCAAAAAAAAAAAAAAGAAAAAAAAGGAGCUAAUUGGGAAUCUGAACGAGAAAGAGGAGAAAGAAACUCACUCCUCUGUUAACUCGCCGGGCAUGCGGAUUCCCCACCAUGGAUAUUGACGAGCCUCUCCUGUCGAGAAGCCCCGGGGGGUUCUCCAGCCCGUCCACCAGCCGAAGCAGCAGGCCCCACAUCAAGCGGGAGUUCCCAUCGGGCUUCCUCGACCUCCCCCUCCCAACCCCAAGGGGCCGCCAGUCCACCGCCCACCUCCUGUCCACCAGCGAUGUCAUCAUCCCGAUUAUUGCUACGGCUGCCGCCUCUCACCCUAGCUCCGGGUCCUAUGUCAACCUCAUCGCCAACCUCAACGAGCGGAGGAGGCUCACCCACCGCUCCAACUCAUCCCCCGCUGUUUUCACUGAUGCCAAGGAGUCCAUCUCCCGGCCCAUGGAUCCCAGGCCCGCCCGCAAGUCCAACCCGUUCAUCGUCCGACAGGCUUUCAUCGGACUGAUUCUGUAUGUGAUCAUCGGAGUUGUGGUGUUCCUAGUGAGUGGGAACUUCAAGGGCCACGAGACCUACAAGCCUGUCGACGCCCUCUACUUCACGGUUGUGACCCUGUGCACGAUUGGUUAUGGAGAUAUCGUGCCCGAUACAACUUUCACAAAAUUAUUUACCUGUGCAUUUAUAAUAAUCGGGUUCGGGUUCGUCGAUAUCCUCCUCAAUGGGCUAGUGACCUACAUUUGCGACAGGCAGGAGGCAGUUAUGCUGGGCACUGUGGAUGAGAGCAGGUUCAACACAAUGGUUCGGGCCUACAUGGUAGACGCAGCCAAGGGGAGGAUGAGGAUUCGAUUAAAGGUGGCCAUUGCUCUCAUGAUCCCGGUAUGUUGCAUAGCUGUAGGGACGAUAGCAAUUCGUUACUUAGAGAGCUUGCCUUGGGUCGACAGCUUUUACAUGGCAGUUACUUCCGUUACAACCGUCGGGUACGGAGAUUUCUCCUUCACCACUGUUCAAGGUAGGGUAUUUGCCAUUAUUUGGCUAUUGGUGAGCACGCUGACGGUGGCUAGGGCUUUUCUGUACCUUACGGAGCUCAGGAUCGAUAAGAGGAACCGGAGGAUUGCCAAGUGGGUUCUGCAGAAGAAGAUGACACUGGGGGAUCUAAUUGCUGCAGACCUCGAUCACGACGGAUCCAUCAGCAAAUCCGAAUUUGUUAUAUACAAGCUAAAGGAGAUGGGAAAGAUAGCGCAGAAAGAUAUCAUGCAGAUCUGUGACCAAUUCGAUCUAUUAGACCAUACUAAAAAUGGCAAAAUUACUCUCGCCGAUCUGAUGGAUAGCGAUUAACUCUGGUGAAAACAUAGUAUUGGCACGAGAUUUUCCAGCAGUGAGGGCUCAAGCUCCAGUCUCUUCACUGAAGAACCCCAAAAAGUUGACGAGGCAACUCUUCCCCUGCAGGUGCUCUCAAUCACAAGGACGAAAAAGAUUAGGCUAUAAAUGAUCUCUGCAGCUUUUGCAAAUUCUUCUAAAGAAAAUUAGGCUUGGCACUACAGAAGAAGUAGACCAGCAGAAGCCAUUUGAAGUAAAACUGCAGAACAUAGGGAGGAUGAUGGAAUAUCUGGAUGUUCAUCAUUUUGUACAGGCUAGGUAGAUGGAUAGGUAGAUAGAAUAAUAUUUUUGGUGUGUUGCCGAAACCGAGAACAGGUUGGUGGUUGGUACCUAUGAGGAUACAAAGUAUUCGUUUCCACAUUCUUUCAAUCAGAUAAAAGAAAAAAAAAUCAUUCCUCAUUUGAUUGUUCACGGAA